AUGAAAUACUCAUCAAUCAUAUUUAUAGCUGGUACUGCAUUAGCAGCUACUACUUCAUUAUCAGAUAUCAAUUUAGUUGAAACACCAAUUAAUGCUGUUUCAAGUCUAUCAAUAGAUACAAAUUCACAACAAGAACCAACAUCAACUGCUGCUGCUACUGCUACUACUCCAACCUCAAGUGGUUUAGUAGAUGCUUUAGUUGGUGAUUUAUCAGGUGGUUCUGAAUCAAGUUCAACAACUACAACUAAUAGUAUAAAUACAAAUACUCAACAACAACAACAAACUCAGGCUGCAUCAUCAAGUGAAGGUUUCUUAGAUGGUUUGUUAGAUGGAAUUUUAGGAACACGAGCUACUGCUAACACCAGUUCACAAACAAUUGCAAAUACAGCUGUUACAUCUUCAACUUCGGCUGAUUUAUUCGGUGAUAUAAUUGAUGGUUUAUUUGGUGGUGGUGAUUCAACAACUGCGAAUGCAAAUACUCCAACUACAACUGCUGCUGGUACAGUAUCUUCUUCAACUGAUGAUUUCUUAGGAGGUUUAUUAGAUGAUUUAUUCGGUGAUUCAGGUAAUACUGCUUCAACCACAACUUCAAUAGCAUCUUCAUCAUCAACUGGGGGAGAUAAUAUAUUAGGAGAUUUAUUUAAUGAUUUAUUUGGUGGUUCAGAUAGUUCUAACUCAACUUCAAAUACUAAUUCUUCAUCAUCAUCAUCAUCAUCAUCAGGUUCAUUCAUUGAUGAAUUAUUAAAUGAAUUAUUUAGUCCAUCAAAUUCAACUUCAUCAUCAUCAGGCUCAUCAAGUGGUGAUAUUUGGGAAGAUAUAUUAGAUUUUGGAGAAGAAGCAAUUUCAGAUUUAUUGAGUACUUCAGGAUCAGCUAUAUUAUCAGCAAUUUUUCAAUUUGCAGGAGAAAUCUUUGAUGAUUUAUUUAGUAGUUCAGGUUCAAGUGGAUCGUCAGGUAAUUUCUUUAGUGAAUUAAUUUCAGAUUUAUUUGGUGGUUCAUCAAGUUCUGGUGGUUCAUCAUUAAGUUUUAGUGAUUUAAUUUCAGAUGUUUUUACAACUUUAUUUACAUCAAUUUUUGGUGGUUCUUCAGGUUCUUCAACUGGUUCAUGUACACCAAAAUUUAAGAAAAGAUCAACUAUAAGUAAAAAAGAAAUUAGAAAAGCUGUUAGAUCAAGUGUUAAUAGAGUAAUUGCAAGAAAGAAGGCCGAAAUACAAUCAAAAAGAGAUAAUAUAAUGCAAAGUAACUUGAAAAGUUAA